AUGAACAUGAAGCCCAGCUUACAACAAAAUAUACUUUUAUGGACGCUCUAUAUUUCGUUUGUAUCAGUCAUUUCUUCUAAUUCUGGCUGCAGAAGAGUUCCAGACCUGCCUUGUUGCUACAAUGAAUUCCAAGAUCCAGUCACCAAUUUAUGCAAAGUGUGCGACUCCGGAAGUAUAGGAUGGAACUGUCAAGAAAAAUGUGUCGCUGGUUACUACGGAGAUCUGUGUCGACAACCAUGUUUUUGCUUGGCAAAAGACUGUGACCCAGUGAUUGGCUGUCCAAGAACAGGUUCAACCGUGAAAGCAGUGAUGGACACAUCUACAAAACAUUAUGGUGAACGUUUAAAAGACCCACAACGAACAAUCGGUAUUCGUGAACAGCAGUUCUUCAGUUUACGUUACACAGAAAAUCGAAGAUCCAACACUUUGGAAUUAAUCAAUACUACAAGGAAAAGAGAAAAUAGGAUAACACAAACAAUUACACCAAGAUUCAGCUCUGACACCAGUACACCUCGUCAGGUUUCGAUUUUUGUUACAAAAUCAACACAGUCUCGUGUUUCAUAUCAAACCAGAUACAUCAAAGAACGGAUUUCUACAAAAGUUACAAAUCUUAGACAAACCACUGUGCAGGGAAAGCUCCAAUUGAUAAGAACGUCUCCAUUUUACGCCACUGGUAGACAGGAGCUGGACCUCCCCAUCCGUAGUAUAUGGCCGCUUCUAACAUUGGUGGUAGUUGCUUUGUUUCUGUUGGUUCUUGGACUAGUAAUCAUCAUCAUACUGAUAGCGUGGUACGUUUUGAAAGGUUCAAGAAAAGAUAAACUCCCAAAAGGGAUAAAGCUGUUUCCAUAUAGGAGUUCCAUGGCUUACAAUCAGAUGCGGACAACUCUGGAUCGUGGAUACUCGUCUCUAAGGAGAUUUGACCCCCGAACAGCGAAUGGGAGACGAUCGGGAUAUAUGACCACCAAUAGCUUAGAAAUGGCCGCGACAAGUACGGUGUAAGCCAAAUUAAAUGCAACAUAUCUGAUCGUCUAGGAAAUAGGCAUUUUUGAUGCUGAGUAUUCCAGAAACCUUUUAUACUUAAAGAAGAAAAAAAUUAUUUGAAACUAUAGCUGUUACAAUGUUACGUACUAUCGUUACGUAUAAUGUUGUAGUUACGCCUGACAGAACAUCAUCUAAAAAAAGAUAUUUAAUCAAUCCGAUCAAAUCAUAUUCAUACUGUGGAAUCAUUCAAAUUCGUGGGGUCAUAUUUUCGUGGAUUGUGAGUUUUUUGCUUAUUCAUGGGGAUGUAAUUUCGUGGAUGCGUCGGCUUUCAGUUUCAAUAAGAUAACAAUCUCUUUCAAAAUUUGUUUUCGUCGAGGAUGUAAAUUCGUGGGGAAGGGCUACCCACAAAUUCAACGAAAAUUGAGCCACCACGAAUUCUAAUGAUUCCACAGUAAUACAUGCGAGAUUCUGGAGUGCCUGUUUUCUAACUAGUUUGAUUAACUUAUUACUUGUUUAAAGAAUUGUACGUUUAUUGUGGAAAAUGCUGUUUGAAGAUAUUGUAAAUAAUCAAGGUUUGACAAAUCAUUUGUAUGUCACAUUUUUUCUAUUGAAAAACGUUGUGCAACAUUUUGAAUUAUUUUCGUUAUGUACCAUUCUUUACAUCAAAACCUUUUAAGGCCAUGUUAAAAACAGUUUCUAAAAAUGUUUCAAAGAUAAAAGUUGUUCAAU